UUCAGAUUGAGAAUCUGAUAUGAACCCUAAUUCCAAUUCUAAACUGAAUCUCUGAUUCCCCAAUUAAUUUCUGCAUGAAACCAAUUGCAGGCAGCCCAGAAUUUUCUUCAUUUCCAGUUUUCUUGGUUUGGAUGAAGUCUGCACAUGAUCCAUGGAAAGGGGAGACAACAAGUGAGAAGGAAAAAAAGCACAAAAUUCUUGGAUGUUUCGAUUAACAUUUCAUAUUUCCAUGAUUUAUGCUGAAAAUUGGAGUAUUGGAAGGAUUUGAUCAAAGGGGAGAUAAAGUACGGCGUCUGGUUGAGAGGGCUUUUGACGAUGUCUAAUCUAUAUAGUGGGGAUUUCAAUCAGAAGAUUGAUUAUGUGUUUAAGGUUGUUUUGAUUGGAGAUUCGGCGGUCGGGAAAUCCCAAUUGCUUGCUAGGUUUGCAAGGAACGAAUUCAGUCUGGAGUCGAAGGCGACCAUUGGGGUUGAGUUCCAGACGAAGACUCUUAUCAUUGAUCAAAAGACUGUCAAGGCACAGAUUUGGGAUACUGCUGGUCAAGAAAGGUAUCGGGCUGUAACAAGUGCUUAUUAUCGAGGUGCAGUUGGUGCAAUGUUGGUUUAUGAUAUGUCAAAACGCCAAUCUUUUGAUCACAUGGCCAGGUGGCUCGAGGAACUCAGAGGGCACGCCGAUAAGAACAUUGUUAUAAUGCUCAUCGGGAACAAAUGCGAUUUAGGAACUCUUCGGGCCGUCCCAACAGAAGAUGCCCAGGAAUUUGCCGAAAGAGAAAAUUUGUACUUUAUGGAGACAUCAGCGCUAGAGGCAACAAAUGUUGAGAGCGCAUUCCUGACUGUUCUAACGGAAAUCUAUCGGAUCUUGAGCAAGAAGUCUCUGGCCAACAAUGGUGGCUCAGACUAUGGGAAAUCGGGAUCUCUCAAGGGUACUGCUAUCAUUGUUUCUAAUCAUGAGGAUCCCAGAGCCAGUAAGGGAGGCUGCUGUAGGACCUCAUGAUCCUUGUUUUCUUCAUGGUUCUUUAACUUUUUUCCCCCUCUCCGAUCCUCCACAUGGAACACCCACCCAUUUUG